UCAUAUAUGUAUCUUUCUUGAGAACACCCGUGGAUUAUUACUCCGAAACAAACUAAUUUUGAUGAGACAAUAAGUUCUUUAAGAGCUUCAGUUAGUUUUGCCCAGGCAUGUCGGUUGAUUUCGGGAUUCUCACAAGUCAUAACAACUGGAUUUGAGGCAGCAGGUUGCGAUCAAAUGUUGCCGAAGCUGCCAAUCAACCUCCCGCCCCAUCUUAGUCUCAAACUCAUCAAAAAUUACUGUGAUUCCGGUGAUCUACGACGUGCCCGCCAGCUGUUUGAUAAAAUUACCAGCCCAGAUUUGCAUUCAUGGACGACGUUAAUAUCAGCUUACACACGACAUGAUCUCCAAAAAGAAGCUAUUAAUCUUUACACCCGGUUGAGGGACAUCGGAUUCCAACCCGAUAGAUUUGUACUUCUGUCAGUUGUCAAGGCUUGUACCACAUCCGGAGAUCUUAUUCAAGCUCAGAGAGCUCACAAAGAUGCUGUCAUGUUUGGGUUUCAUCACGAUCUUUUGUUAGGGAAUGCAAUGAUAGACAUGUUUGCAAAAUGCAAGCAUCUUGAAGGUGCCAAAACAGCUUUUAACGAUUUACAUGUUAGAGAUGUAAUUUCUUGGACAUCGAUCUGUUCUUGUUAUGUUAGUUGUGGGUAUCCCAGAAAGGGCCUUCAAGCCUUUAGAGAGAUGGGGUUAGAUGGAGUAAAACCCAACUCGGUUUCACUUUCUUCAAUCCUUCCUGCUUGUUCUAAGUUGAAGUGUUUGGAUUUAGGUAGAGUAAUACACGGAUUUGUGGUGAAAACUGGAAUGGGAGCAAAUGUGUUUGUGAGUAGUGCACUUAUAGAUAUGUAUGCCACUUGCUUAUGCAUCAAAGAGGCUGAAAUGAUAUUCAAUCAAAUGGUUAACAAAGAUAUUGUGUCUCAUAAUGUAAUGAUAUCAGCAUAUUUUGAGAAUGGAGAACCCGAAAAAGCAGUAUCCAUGUUCAAAAAGAUGAAAGAAAAUCAUUCCAAGUUAAAUUACGCAUCAUGGAAUUCCAUUCUCUCUGGAUGCUUUCAAUCUGGACAAACACAAGAAGCAUUAAACUUACUUUCAGAAAUGCAAGAAUCAGGAUUCAAACCCAAUCAGAUUACAUUGACUUCUGUGUUGACCGCAUGUACAAAUUCAGAAAGCUUGAGGGGAGGUAAGGAGAUUCAUGGCUACAUCUUUAGGCACUGUUUCUUGAAUGACACAACUGCCUUAACAGCUCUUAUCUUCAUGUAUGCUAAAUGUGGCAAACUUAAAUUCUCUCAAAAAGCAUUUGAGAUGAUGAAUACAAGAGACACGAUUGCUUGGAACACAAUGAUUAUAGCAAACUCAAUGCAUGGAAAUGGAGAAGAAGCAUUAACUCUCUUUACUCAAAUGCUAAAAUCCGGUGUGAAACCGAAUGCGAUUACUUUCACAGGUGUUCUUUCUGGUUGUAGCCACUCAAAGUUAGUAGAUGAGGGUCUUUCUGUUUUCAACUCAAUGAGUAAAGUUCAUUUGAUUGAACCAGAUGCUGAACACCAUUCAUGUGUUGUAGAUAUUUUAAGUCGUGCAGGUAGGUUAGAAGAGGCGUAUAAAUUCAUACAAAAUAUGUCAAUAAAAGCAACUCCUUCUGCUUGGGGAGCUUUACUUGGUGGAUGUAGAGUGUAUAAAAACGUUGAUUUGGCACGAAUUGUAGCAAAAAAGCUAUUUGAGAUUGAACCAAACAACCCCGGGAAUUAUGUUUCGUUAUCUAACAUUCUUGUGAAUGCUAAACUAUGGGGAGAAGCUUCAGAAACUAGGAAAGUAAUGAGGGAUAAAGGAAUGAAGAAAGAACCAGGUUGUAGUUGGGUACAAGUUAAGAACAAGGUGCAUACUUUUGUGGUUGGAGACAAGAGGAAUGAACAUAGUGAUGAUAUUUAUAAGUUCUUGAGUGAUAUGGGUGAUAAAAUGAGGCAAGCUGGAUACUUACCUGACACAGAGUUUGUUCUUCAAGAUCUUGAUGGGGAGGAGAAAGAGGACACAUUGUGUAAUCAUAGUGAGAAACUUGCUGUUGCGUUUGGGAUUAUGAAUUUGAAAGGGGAAUCGGAGAUUACAGUGUUCAAGAAUUUGAGAAUUUGUGGGGAUUGUCAUAAUGCUAUAAAGUUUAUGGCCAAAAUUGUUGGGGUGAGAAUAGUUGUGAGAGAUUCUUUGAGGUUUCAUCAUUUUAGAGAUGGGUUUUGUUCAUGUAAUGAUUUUUGGUGAUUAAUAAUCAAAUAUGAUAACAUUAUUAUAAGAAUUCUUGAUAAUAUACAUUGAGCACAAAAUCAGAAUCAAGAAAACAAAUAAAAACAAAUACAUUGAGUUAAUAUCACUCCAACUGAGCAUACCAAACACCUUGAAUUUUAACAUCUUUAGGGACUUUUGCACCCAAAUCAGUAUCGGAGGGCUGAAUGCUCUCAAACACUCCGAUCACUUCACCGGUGUCAGGUUUGGUUGAGGUGACACUCAAAGUGAUCUUCCCUGUUGACGCUGCAACAUUCUUUACAUUUUCUUUGGAAAGCUCCUCUUCAUCUCCUCUCCCACCCGCCGGUAAAGCAACGGCGUUGUCAUACCCGGUGGAACCACCUCUUCCCUUUGGGUCGAGAAACGAAGACCCUCUGUACGACGGGACUAGAAAUUCCCCACCGAAGCUUUCCGGUUUACCGGAGGCGACAAGUUGUUUGAUCGUGAACAGGAAUGGCACACGCUCACCUCCAGGAAGCUGAACAGUGACGGCAGCAUAGUCGAUUCCGUCUUUCUCUUCGAAUUUGAUGGUGCCAUCGGAGGAUACUUCGAGAGGUCCCUCGAUUUCAUCGAGGGUGUAGGUCAAUCGGGUCAUGAGUUUGGUUUUUUGGAACUCCGGUGUGGAGUUCUUGCUAACGCCCUCGGCUUUGACAGUGAACGACGU